AUGGGCCGGGAACCCGUCCCCCGUCGCCGUCCCUACUGGGCGAUUCCUUCGCGCAAGGUCACAAAUAUCCUCGCCUUGAUUCUCUUCGUCGUGGUCGCUGCCUCGGUUUUCAAACUCGAAAUCGGUGCGCCCCCCUUCGACCCGACAUCGUUAUAUCGCCACCACUCGCACCCAGGCGAACCCGAUUUCUGGGAGUGGGAAACCACCUCCCGCUUCCCGCAUGUGCAGAAACCCGUCAAAAGUGACGAUCAGCUUUGCGACUUGUUCCCUGCCUACCUGCUUUCGCGCGUCCAGGUUGUUCUGAAAAUCGGCGCCUCCGAACCGGCCGAUCGCGUCAACGCGCAAAUCUCCAGCGUCACUCGCUGUAUUCCGAACCUCAUCAUCGUCUCCGAUCGAGAGUCGCAAAUCAAAGAACAUCGUGUUCACGACAUCCUGGCCGCCCUUCCUGCAUCCUUCCGAGCCAAUACUUCCGACUUUGAGGCAUACGAUGCGCUUCAGCGAGGAGAUGACAAGAUUGUGGCGGCGCCUCAAGGUUGGAGGCUCGAUCGCUUUAAAUUCCUCCCCAUGGUGGAGCGCGCACACGAAAUCAACCCCUCAGCUGAUUGGUUCGUGUUUUUGGAAUCGGAUACAUACGUGGUUUGGGAUAAUAUGUUCCGGUUUUUGGAUCAGUUUGACCCGCAUACCCCCUUGUAUAUGGGCUCUCCGUCCCCGGGACGGCGGAUCAACGACAAGGAAGUUUCCUAUUUUGCCUACGGUGGCUCAGGAUUCGUCCUUUCCACGGCAGCUGUCGAUAAAUUGGUGUACAGAGAGGUUGGAUCUCACGGAGAGUACAUUCAGCCCACGCUGAGUGAACAGUACGAGGAUAUCGUUAAAGCGGACUGCUGUGGUGAUUCGAUACUCGGAUGGGCAUUGCAUGAGAAGGGCGUAGAGCUCUCAGGCUUCUGGCCCAUGUUCAAUCCCCAUCCACUGCAUGGAAUUCCGUUUGACGAUGCCUACUGGUGCCAGCCGGUCAUUAGUAUGCACAAGACACUGUUGCCGGACAUGACUGGCCUGAUGCGGUGGGAAAACCAGCGGGAUCGCACUCGCCCAUUGAUCUACGCUGAUUUGAUGGAAUAUCUGAAGCUGGGCACCGUCGACCACAUGUCCGAUUGGGACAACGGUGACUGGGGCGGCUGGCAGGAACCUCCCGAAUCACCCGCCCACGGCUCCUUUGAAGCCUGUCAGACAGCUUGCCAUGAACAUGCCCAGUGCCUCAGUUUCACAUACGACUCCUCGGGACAUUGUGUCUUUGUUCGCACGAUGCGGCUGGGCGCGAAGAAGAAGCUGGGCGAUUCGUCGGUGCGAUUAUCUUCCGGAUGGGACCUGGAGAAAAUGAAGAAUUGGCGGGCAUCUCACCAGUGUGAGAAGGUGAUGUGGAUGAAGCCCAGCACGGAACGCAUCUUCUGA